GCGCCGCGCCCACACGCUCGUGUCCCAGUCCCCGCCAGGCCCAGGCGCUGCUCCCCGAGCGGGGGAUCCGAGACGUGGCUCCCGGGCGGAAGAGCCAUGCUGGACUUCGCGAUCUUCGCCGUUACCUUCCUACUGGCGUUGGUGGGAGCUGUGCUCUACCUCUACCCGGCUUCCAGACAAGCUUCAGGAAUUCCGGGGAUUACUCCAACCGAAGAAAAAGAUGGUAAUCUUCCAGAUAUUGUGAACAGUGGAAGUUUGCAUGAGUUCCUGGUUAAUUUACACGAGAGGUUUGGGCCUGUGGUCUCUUUCUGGUUUGGCAGGCGCCUUGUGGUUAGUUUAGGCACUGUCGAUGUACUGAAGCAGCAUAUCAACCCCAAUAAAACAUUGGACCCUUUUGAAACCAUGUUAAAGUCAUUAUUAAGGUAUCAGUCUGAUGGGAAUGCGAGUGAAAACCACACAAGGAAAAAAUUGUAUGAAAAUGGUGUGACUAAUUCUCUGCAGAGUAAUUUUGCUCUCCUACUCAAGCUUUCAGAAGAAUUAUUAGAUAAAUGGCUCUCCUACCCAGAGUCCCAGCAUGUACCUCUUUGCCAGCAUAUGCUUGGUUUUGCUAUGAAGUCUGUUACACAGAUGGUAAUGGGUAGUGCAUUUGAAGAUGACCAGGAGGUUAUUCGCUUCCAGAAGAAUCAUGGCACAGUUUGGUCUGAGAUUGGAAAAGGCUUUCUAGACGGAUCACUUGAUAAAAAUACAACUCGGAAAAGACAGUAUGAGGAUGCCCUUAUGCAACUGGAAUCUAUUUUAAAGAAAAUCAUAAAAGAACGAAAAGGAAGAAACUUCAGUCAGUAUGUUUUCAUUGACUCCUUAGUACAGGGGAAACUUAAUGACCAACAGAUCCUAGAAGACACAAUGAUAUUUUCUCUGGCCAGUUGCAUAAUAACUGCAAAAUUGUGCACCUGGGCAAUCUGUUUUUUAACCACCUCUGAAGAAGUGCAGAAAAAACUGUAUGAAGAGAUAGACCAAGUUUUGGGGAAGGGUCCUGUUACUCCAGAGAAGAUUGAGGAACUCAGAUAUUGUCGGCAGGUGCUUUGCGAAACUGUUCGGAUUGCCAAACUGACCCCAGUUUCUGCCCGGCUUCAAGAUAUUGAAGGAAAGAUUGACAAAUUUAUUAUUCCUAGAGAGACUCUUGUCCUUUAUGCCCUUGGUGUGGUGCUUCAGGAUCCAAGUACUUGGCCAUCACCAUACAAGUUUGAUCCAGACCGUUUUGAUGACGAAUCGAUAAUGAAAACUUUCUCCUUGCUUGGAUUCUCAGGCACACAGGAAUGGCCAGAGCUGAGGUUUGCUUAUAUGGUGACUACAGUACUUCUGAGUGUAUUGGUGAGGAGACUACACCUACUUUCAGUAGAGGGACAAGUUAUUGAAACUAAAUAUGAGCUGGUAACAUCGUCCAAGGAAGAAGCUUGGAUCACUGUGUCAAAGAGAUACUAAAUUUUAUACAUUUAGUUUUGUUGAGGAAAAUGACCAUUUAGAAAUUUGUAUUGAAUCCUUUUAUAAACCAAAUAUGAUUGUGUAAUAUAAGCACCUAUUAUACUUUAUUAAGUAAAUUUGGAUUUUUGUAUAUCAGAUUUUCUUAAUGCAUGAUAUACACUUAUACUUAUUGCAUCAAUAUAAUUAUUGAUAAUUAUGUGAUAAUUUUAAUGGGAAGCUUUUAAUUUUUGUCUUAGCACUUUCUAUGCUACUAUUUUUCUAUGUUUUAUCUUGGUUUUAUCUUUAAAAUUAUUCAUGAAGAAAAACUAUUUUGCAUAAUUUGGGGAAUCAUGUUUUCUGAAUAUUCAUAAAAAGAAACAUAAUCUUACUCCUUUUCAUACUUCCAAUGAAACUCCUUAAAGGGAAAACAAAGGACUUUCCAUAAUUGUAUUCCUUGGAUUAACAUAUUUAAUUUUUCAGUAUAAAUUAUUUGUGUUUAAUCAUUGUUAUUAGGUUUGAGUAAUCAUUGGGUAACCUAUCUUGUAUUUGGUAUUCUUAUGCCUCCCUGGACAAUAGUGUUCAUUUCAUGACUUAUACAGGACUGAUCAUUUUGAAAAUAAUACAGUUGUUUUGAAUGUGUUUCUGAAGUGCUUUUCCCAGGUGACAAACUAAGAUUGAAGUUUGUCUUUCUGUUUUGCUGGAAAUCUUAUUAGUACUAAAUUACCCCACUAAUUUUCACUCGUGGAAAAAAUAGAAUUCCUAAAUUUAUUUAUUAUUGUUAUAUACUUAACAUAAUGAAUUCAUGAUUAAGAAAUCAGAGAGCACUAACCAAAAACCAAAACCAAUUAAAAAGAAAACAAAUGUGGGUGGAAAUUGUAAAAUAUAUGACAGAAAGGGAUAAUAACCAUGUUACUUAUAAAGAGCUCAUACAUAUUGAUAAGAAAAUAUAAAAUUGAUAAAUGGAAAAAAGACAUGAAUAAGCAGCUUUUACAGGAGGAAAUAGCUAAUAAACUUAGAAAAAUGAUCAAUCUCACUAGUAAGCAAAGAAAUAUUGGGGCUAUUUGAAAACUAUUUUAAGUAUCUUUGAGAAUUUACAUUUUAGUAAGGGUAAGUUUUAUUUUUAAUACUUUAUUGAUAGCAUUGUAUUUUAGUCCACUUUUUUUGUUAUAUUCUUAAUUCUUUUUCAAAAAAUACAUUUAAAAAAAUAAAAAAAACAAGGAAAUAUGCCAAGGUAGAUAGAGAGGAAAGGAAGAAAAAAUGAUAAAUGUUUGCAGGUGAGCUUAUUUUUUACGCCGUUGGAUUGUAAAUUCAGUUUCAAGAAUGUACCCUAGUUGUUAACCGAGUUAUUUUAUGCUGUUUACGGUUAAUAGCUAACAUUUUAGACCUAGUUAUGAGUGGUUAACAUAGAAAUUUAAUUAGAUAUAGACUUUAUUUUCUGGAAAAAAUAUUUAACCUAUGGAAUAAUUUAAAUUCUAAAAUUUUAAGUGAAAAGUAGUCUUAGUUCCUAGUAUCAUGUUUCUAAAAAGAUAUAUUUCAAAAUAAAAGGUUAAAUUUAUUCCUACCUGCCUAUGGUUUUCUAUGGUUUUGUGUAUGUAGCGCAUCUUCCUUUGUUAUCCAAGUAUCUUAAUUGGUUUUGAACCUGGCAGUGGAAGGUAAGAGUAGGCAAUUGAUAUGUAAACCUAGUGUCUAUAAAAUCAGAUGAGGUAAGUGGAGUUUUAAAGUAAGUGAGACCUGAUCUGCAGUGAUCAAGGCAGAAUCAGGGCAGCUGAACCAGAAAGUCAGAGAGUUGACAUGUUGCCAAUAAAUGAGGCACUGUAUAAUUACAAAUAAUAAUUGGAAUCCAGGAAAAUGAAGGAUAGAUGAAUCGGCUAAAUAAGUUAUCUAUCCAUAGUUACAUGACUAACUUAAAAUAGUCAAAAAUCAUCUUCAAGAGGAUUUAAAAAUAUAAAAAUACUGUUAAUCAUGUAUAAAAUAAGUUACCCAUUCAUUGUUGUUCUUACUCAUCUCUUUGUAUUUAUCAAGUGACUGAAAGUUUAGUAGCCUCAGUGUCACUGAAGGCUCACAGUAUGACUCUACCAGGAGUCUUAAGUUUUGUAGCUUUUGGUUUUUUAAAAACUAUUUCUUCACUGAUUCUGAUCUGCAUCCUUUUUGAUAGUUCAGAAGUUUAUUGUUAAAAACAUCAACACAGCACAUUUUUAUGUAAUGAAGGGGCUCUUCCACACUUGGUGCUAAUAAAAUUCAAGGCAGAAUUAAA